AUGGCAUCUAAAAUGAAAGACAGGAAGAGAACUCCAAUCUCCCACAAAGUCAUCGAGAAAAGAAGACGGGACCGCAUUAAUCGUUGCCUGAACGAACUGGGGAAAACAGUUCCAAUGGCGUUGGCUAAACAGAAUUCUGGAAAACUAGAGAAAGCUGAAAUCUUGGAGAUGACGGUUCAGUACCUGCGAGCGCUCCACUCAGCGGACUUUCCCCGCGGGAGAGAGAAAGGCGAACUACUUGCUGAAUUUGCAAACUACUUCCACUACGGAUACCACGAGUGUAUGAAGAACUUGGUGCACUACCUGACCACAGAGGAUAGAGCUGAAACCAAAGACAUCAAGUACGCAAGGAUCCUCGCCUUUUUACAGUCAAAGUCCCGUGUGGUCACCGAGCCUGUGUUCGGCUCUGUCGGCGCGAUGCCAGAACCGUCUGAAUAUCUCAGCCAGCUGCACUCCUCCCCGGAGCACCAAAACCACAGCCCCAGUGACUCCGUGUACCAACAGAGUCCACCGGGACACUUCUCGUGGCACAGCUCAACCCGCAGUCCAGGCAUCUCAUACCCAACAGUGCCACUCUCUGCCCACACACAGCAGCACGGUGGAUACUUGUCGCCGGUGCCGGGACUCGAUCACCACUAUUUCAACUUCAUCGGGCACACGCACGCAAAUACGUUUAGUUUGCACAAUGCGCAACACGCCAUGUAA